ACUGCUAAAUGUGUCGAUAUGCGUGCCACAUAAACACUCCCUUUCUCUCUCCUCUACCUUUCUCUCUCCUCUCUUCUAUUCUCCACUGUUUCUGCUCAGCUCAGAUCACUGCCUUUUUAGCUCCCCUCCCCUCUCUCUGAUAAAAUAAUCAAAUAAUGAAGCCAACCCCAUAACUCUUCUCUCACAUUUUCUCACUGGAAAGUGGCAAAAACAGCUUCCCUCUUUAGGAUAAUUAUGAUUAGGGUUUCUCUCUCUCUUCUUAUGGAUUGUCUUCUCCUACAUCCAUCUCUCUGAUGCUUCUGGAGAUUUCAUUUCUCCUGACACUAUGAUUUUGAGCUUUGUAUUUUUUGUUCAAACCAAAGUUGCAAUGUGUAACAAGCUUCUAUUCAUUGUAUGAUAAAAUGGAUCUAUGGGUGGAAAAAGACUGAUUGAGGUGGUGGUUUUUGGAAACUCAAUGGAAUAAGUGGGUUUUGUGUGUCUGUGUCAUAUCUUUGGACUUUCUUGGAAAGAGAAGAAGUUGGUAUCUUUCUGUUCAAAAGAGCUAGAAGUUUUGGCUUUGAGCUUUCGUUUGUAAAAUUUUGUAUUGUAUUCAACGUUCCAAUCACAGCAACCAAUAACAGAGAGCUGUGUGAAGAAAUUAAGGAAAAACCCAGACUUUGAUUUUAUAACCGAAACCCCGAAUUGGGUCUUCACCAACAAGCAAGCAGCCACUGCCCCUGUUCACACAAACCCAAGAAUCUUCUGUCUCAAAAAUCCAGUCUUGCUCAACCAUUUACACUUAAUCUCUCUCUCCUCACUCUCUCUUUAGACGGACUUUACAAAGCAGAAAAUCUUUAACCUUCUUCUGAAAUCCAGAGAAAAACCAAAACAAACCAUCACUCUCCUCUCUCUCCUCCCACUUUUUGCUGUUUAUAUUAGCUUUAAGCUUUUGUUGGUUUGGGGUUUGGGAAAAUGGCCAUGGUUGUGGCUCACCACAGGGAGAGCAGCAGUGGGAGCAGCAUAAACAAGCACCUCGAUGCCGGAAAAUAUGUACGUUACACAUCUGAGCAAGUGGAAGCUCUUGAGAGAGUCUACGCCGAGUGCCCCAAGCCGAGCUCUCUGCGUAGGCAACAAUUGAUCCGGGAGUGCCCCAUUUUAUCAAACAUUGAGCCCAGACAGAUCAAAGUCUGGUUCCAGAACCGCAGGUGUAGGGAGAAGCAGAGAAAAGAGUCCUCAAGACUGCAGAUUGUAAACAGAAAGUUAUCAGCAAUGAACAAACUGCUGAUGGAGGAAAAUGAUCGAUUACAGAAACAAGUCUCUCAGCUUGUUUGUGAAAAUGGUUAUAUGCGCCAACAAUUGCAUACUGCACCAGCUGCAACUACUGAUGCAAGCUGUGACUCUCUGGUGACAACUCCUCAGCAUUCUCUUAGAGAUGCUAAUAACCCUGCUGGACUCCUAUCCAUAGCGGAGGAGACCUUGGCAGAGUUCCUAUCCAAGGCUACAGGAACUGCUGUCGAUUGGGUCCAGAUGCCUGGGAUGAAGCCUGGUCCGGAUUCGGUUGGGAUCUUUGCCAUUUCACAAAGUUGCAGUGGAGUGGCUGCAAGAGCCUGUGGCCUCGUAAGUUUAGAGCCUACGAAGAUUGCAGAGAUCCUUAAAGAUCGUCCAUCUUGGUUCCGGGACUGUCGGAGCCUUGAAGUUUUUACCAUGUUUCCUGCUGGAAAUGGAGGAACCAUAGAACUUAUAUAUACACAGACAUAUGCUCCAACUACUUUGGCUCCUGCAAGGGAUUUUUGGACCCUGAGAUACACUACAACUCUAGACAAUGGCAGUUUUGUGGUGUGUGAAAGAUCUCUUUCUGGUUCUGGCGCUGGCCCAAAUCCAGCUUCUGCUUCACAGUUUGUUAGAGGCGUGAUGCUUCCUAGUGGUUAUCUGAUUCGACCAUGUGAGGGUGGAGGAUCAAUCAUUCAUAUCGUUGACCACCUGAAUCUUGAGGCAUGGAGUGUGCCAGAGGUGCUGCGACCGCUUUAUGAAUCGUCCAAAGUGGUGGCACAAAGAAUGACUAUUGCGGCGUUACGGUAUAUCAGGCAAAUAGCUCAGGAAACGAGUGGUGAAGUGGUAUACAGCUUGGGCAGGCAGCCAGCUGUUCUGCGAACCUUUAGCCAAAGAUUGAUCAGAGGCUUCAAUGAUGCUGUCAAUGGAUUCAAUGAUGAUGGAUGGUCAUUGGUCAACUGUGAUGGUGCUGAAGAUGUUAUAAUUACAGUUAAUUCAACCAAGAAUUUAACUUCUACUUCGAACCAUGCCAAUUCCCUUGCAUUACUUGGAGGUGUUCUUUGUGCAAAGGCUUCCAUGUUACUACAAAAUGUUCCCCCAGCUGUUCUCGUUCGUUUCUUGAGGGAGCACCGUUCAGAGUGGGCAGAUUUCAAUGUUGAUGCCUACUCUGCCGCAUCUUUGAAAGCUGGUUCGUAUGCUUAUCCUGGGAUGAGGCCAACAAGGUUUACCGGGGGACAAAUUAUCAUGCCGCUUGGUCACACAAUUGAACAAGAGGAGUUGCUUGAAGUUGUUCGACUUGAAGGCCAUUCUCUCACUCAAGAGGAUGCUUUUGCAUCAAGGGACAUUCAUCUCUUGCAGAUAUGUAGUGGAGUUGAUGAGAAUGCUGCCGGAGCCUGUUCUGAGCUUGUUUUUGCCCCAAUUGAUGAGAUGUUUCCAGAUGAUGCUCCCUUGCUUCCCUCUGGUUUCCGUAUUAUCCCAUUGGAUUCAAAAACAAGUGAUUCAAAGGCUACUUUGAAUACGCAUCGAACAUUAGAUCUGGCAUCCAGUCUUGAAGUCGGCUCAACAACGAGCAAUGCAGCUGGAGAUCUAACUACAUUUCACAAUACUCGAUCAGUAUUGACGAUUGCCUUCCAGUUUCCGCUUGAUAAUAGUCUACAAGAGAAUGUGGCAAACAUGGCACGGCAGUAUGUUCGUAGCGUAAUUUCAUCCGUGCAGAGAGUUGCAAUGGCUAUAUCUCCAUCUGGAUUGAGUCCGUCUGUGGGACCAAAACUAUCUCCCAGCUCUCCAGAAGCUGAGACACUGGCUCACUGGAUCUGCCAGAGUUACAGUUAUCAUGUUGGGGGAGAACUGCUGAGACCUGAUUCCUUUGGUGGUGACUCGAUGUUGAAACAUUUAUGGCAUCACCAAGAUGCUAUUUUGUGUUGUUCAUUAAAGUCAAUGCCGGUUUUCACCUUUGCAAACCAGGCAGGACUUGACAUGCUGGAAACAACAUUAGUCGCCCUUCAGGACAUCUCAUUGGAUAAGAUUUUUGACGAGGCCGGACGCAAGACGUUGUGCGCAGACUUUUCUAAACUAAUGAACCAGGGUUUUGCGUACUUGCCAGCCGGCAUUUGCAUGUCAACGAUGGCUCGCCACGUGUCGUACGAACAAGCGAUUGCAUGGAAAGUACUUGCUGCAGAAGAAAACUCUGUCCAUUGCCUGGCCUUCUCCUUCAUAAACUGGUCUUUUGUGUGAGCAUUUUAAUUGGUUCCAUCCCUCACCUUUCUUCCACAAGACAUGCAAAGGAAGCUUUGAUAGAAAAAGAAAAUCAGAAAUGUGGAAAAAGGAAAAGAAGUUUUGUAAUAUCUCUACCCCUGCCGGAGGUUUUGCAUCAGAUUAAUUUAAGUUGAUUUUGAUUUGCAACUGUGCUGCAAUUGGCAAUGUUGGCAUUUAAGUGAUCAAGGCUAAAAAGGCACAAGCACUUGUAUAUACUUGACUUACAUUGGCUUCUGAUAGGACAUUUCUCUUUGCAGACAGAUUAGAAAUUGGACUGGUAAAAAGUUUUCGUUU